CUUUCACCCAAAAAAAAACUCUCCACCGAGUUUCAUACCUCAAACCAACUCAAAUAUCAUGACGAGCCUGCCGGAGAACCUCAUCGCCGACGCUGAAAGCCCGGAGUGGAUGAGCAAGGGCGACAACGCGUGGCAGCUGACGGCGGCUACGCUGGUGGGCCUCCAGAGCGUGCCGGGCCUGGUGAUCCUCUACGGAAGCAUAGUGAAGAAGAAAUGGGCCUUGAACUCGGCCUUCAUGGCCUUGUACGCCUUCGCCGCCGUAGUGAUCUGCUGGGUUGGGUGGGCCCACGAGAUGUCGUUCGGGAAAAGGCUCCUCCCCUUCCUGGGCAGGCCCAGCACCGCUCUGGGCCAGAAGUUCCUCCUGGAGAGGGCGUUCUUGGGCCGGAUUCCCAACGCCAGCAUGGUAUAUUUCCAGUUGGUGUUCGCGGCCAUAACGACGAUCCUGAUUGGCGGGGCGUUGCUGGGGAGAAUGAGUUUCCAGGCGUGGAUGGUGUUCGUGCCGCUGUGGAUAACAUUCUCUUACACGGUUUGUGCUUAUAGUAUUUGGAAUCCAAGAGGGUGGUUGUCCAGACUGGGGAUUAUUGAUUAUUCCGGUGGCUUUGUCGUCCACUUGUCUUCUGGUGUUGCUGGCUUCACCGCCGCUUACUGGGUGGGACCAAGGGCAAGCAGGGACAGGCAGAGGUUCCCACCAAACAACAUCCUCCUGAUGUUAGCGGGGGCGGGCCUACUGUGGAUGGGAUGGACUGGAUUCAACGGUGGAGAUCCUUAUUCCGUUAGUGCCGACGCAUCUCUCGCCGUUCUCAACACACACGUGUGUACCGCCACAAGUCUGCUGACGUGGCUGUUGCUUGACAUUAUUUUCUUUGGGAAGCCGUCUGUCAUUGGGGCCACACAGGGCAUGAUCACGGGCCUUGUUUGCAUCACCCCAGCUGCAGGAGUAGUGCAAGGAUGGGCAGCGAUCAUAAUGGGAAUGAUGGCAGGGAGCGUCCCAUGGUACACCAUGAUGAUCCUCCACAGGCAGAUACGCCUCCUCAAGAAAGUGGACGACACCAUGGCCGUCUUCCACACCCACGCCGUCGCCGGCACCCUCGGCGGCCUCCUCACCGGCCUCUUCGCCGAGCCAAAGCUCGGCCGCCUCUUCUACUCGGCCAACAAUUGGCAGCGAUACACCGGCCUCUUCUACGGCCUUAAAACCGGCCAAAUUGCGGCGGGGUUCAGGCAAGUGGGAGUCCAGCUUCUUGGCAUGGUGUUUGUGAUAAUCCUCAACGUGUUCACCACCACGGCGAUAUGCUUGUCCAUAAGGUUUGUGGCCCCCCUUAGACUUGCGGAGGAUGUGAUGCAAACGGGUGAUGAUGCGGUGCAUGGAGAAGAGGCUUAUGCUUUGUGGGGUGACGGUGAAAAGUACAGUUCUAAGUACAAUUCUGUUCAAGCAGUUGAUGAGAUACCCCCUCCUCCUAAUGAGGUGGUGACAAAAAUUGGUUUGUAUGAACUUCAAACGGCUAUUAAAUGAUUAUAUAUAUAUAUA